UCAGGACUGAGACUCCCCCUCUUCAUGCGGAAGUUGUAGUUCUCUGUCAGUACUGUCACUUUCUAGCAUUCAGUCCUGCAGGUGAAGCAUCGGAGUCGGUCUGUCCCUGAUACAGAGAGUCCACAGAAAUGUCUUUGUCAUUCGAAGGAAGAGUGGUGCUUGUCACUGGCGCUGGAGGAGGUCUUGGCAAAGAAUAUGCACUGGCCUUCGCUUCAAGAGGAGCCUCUGUAGUUGUGAAUGACCUUGGGGUAGACACAAAAGGAGGUGGAAGAAGUUCUGCAGCUGCUGAUAAGGUGGUGGAGGAGAUAAGAGCAAAGGGGGGCAAAGCUGUGGCAAACUAUGAUUCUGUUGAAGAUGGAGAGAAGCUGAUCCAAAGUGCCCUUGAUGCCUUUGGAAGAAUUGAUAUUGUUGUGAACAAUGCUGGAAUACUUCGUGACCGUUCAUUUGCCAGGACCAGUGAUUUGGACUGGGACCUUAUUCAUAGAAUCCACUUAAGAGGGUCAUUCUUGGUAACACGAGCUGCCUGGAACCACAUGAAGAAACAAAAUUUUGGCAGAAUCAUCAUGACUGCGUCAGCUGCAGGCAUUUAUGGUAACUUCGGCCAGGCCAACUACAGCGCUGCCAAGUUAGGCCUGCUGGGGCUGGCUAACACUUUGGCCAUCGAGGGACGCAAGUACAACAUCCACUGCAACACAAUCGCUCCUGUGGCGGGGUCCCGCCUCACGGAGACCGUCAUGCCGCCAGACCUUGUGGCGUCUCUGAAGCCUGAGUACGUUGCCCCUCUGGUUCUCUGGCUCUGUCAUGAACAAUGCCAAGAAAAUGGAGGACUGUUCGAGGCUGGCGCAGGCUGGAUUGGUAAAUUACGCUGGGAGCGAACGGAGGGCCGGAUUGUGAGGCAGAGGAACAAACCGAUGACUCCUGAGGGGGUCCGAGACCAGUGGGAUGCGAUCUGUGAUUUUGAAAAUGCCACCAAGCCAGCUAAUGUACAAGAGUCUCUGCAUUCAGUUGUGAGUGUGCUGUCUCAAGUGGAGUCAGAUGGAGAAGUUGGUGCAAAUCCAGCAGCAGCUGCCGCCUCCGGAGCAACAGGAUCAGGGUUUAAUCCUGCGGAAGCUAUCGGACAAAAACUUCCCUCAAGCUCGUUCAGCUUCACCUCUAACCAGUGCAUUCUCUACGCGCUGGGAGUCGGCAUGUCCACCAAAGAUCCAGACAGCCUCAGGUUCCUGUACGAAGGGCAUCAAGACUUCAGCUGCCUGCCCACGUUCGGGGUCAUCCCCUCGCAGGCCGCCACGAUGGGCGGCGGCCUCAGCUCCGUCCCUGGACUCAGCAUAGACUUCACACAGGUUUUGCAUGGAGAGCAGUAUCUGGAGCUUUACAAACCUCUGCCUACUUCAGGCACCCUUACAUCUGAGACCACAGUCGCAGACGUCCUGGACAAAGGAUCCGGAGCCGUCAUCCUGCUGGACGUGAACACCUACAACGGCGAUGAGCUCGUGUGCUACAACCAGUUCUCAGUGUUUGUGGUUGGAGCCGGACGCUUCGGAGGAAAGAGAAGCUCAGACAAAGCUAAAGCUCCUCUGCCUCCACCCAAGCGCGCACCAGAUGCUGUGGUGAUUGAAUCAACCACAGGAGACCAAGCUGCCUUGUACCGUCUGAGCGGAGACUGGAACCCUCUGCACAUAGACCCCGGCUUCGCCGCCAUGGGAGGCUUCAGGGCUCCCAUCCUGCACGGCUUGUGUUCGUUCGGCUUCGCGGCGAGACACGUCCUCAAGCGCUUCGCCGACAACGACCCGGCGAAGUUCAAGGCCAUAAAGGUCCGCUUUGCGAAGCCCGUGUUUCCGGGUCAGUCGCUGCAAACCGAGAUGUGGAAGGAGGGCAGCCGGAUCCACAUCCAGUGUAAAGUGAAGGAGACGGGUGACGUUGCUCUGGCUGGGGGCUACGUGGAUUUGCACAGCACAUCAGAAGCUUCUCCUGAAAUUCUCCCUCAGGGAGGAGGCCUUCAGAGCGACCUGGUGUUCGCAGAGAUCGGGCGGCGCGUUAAAGAUCUGGGCUCAGAGCUGGUCAAGAAGGUGAACGCCGUGUUCGGCUGGGAGAUCACCAAGGGCGGCGAGAAAGCUGCAGAGUGGACCAUUGAUCUGAAGAACGGCAGCGGCUCUGUGCUCAGAGGGCCGCCCGGCGGGAAGGUCGACGUGACCUUCACUCUAUCAGACGAGGACUUCAUGGAGGUGGUGACGGGGAAGCUUCAGCCUCAGAAGGCCUUCUUCUCCGGCAAGCUGAAGGUGAGAGGGAACAUCAUGCUGAGUCAGAAGCUGGAGGUCAUCCUGAAAGACUACGCCAAGCUGUGAGCGCCGCCGCCAACCAAUCAGACAGCUUCAGGAACCCGACCUCAUCGACUCCCUCCUACUUUGUGUUUGGUGACCAUUUCUUGGCUCUCUAGGGAAAUUCAUCAAAAAAAAAAAAAAUUAUAAAAAAAAAAAAAUUACCCACUGAGACAUUUCAGGAAUUAAUUUAUCUCCAUUGAAUUCAUUUAAGGACUGCCAAACGGCUUAAUCCAAGCAUCAGGUGGGGAAAUGUUUCAGUUCAUUCACAUCUUUAGCUGCUCAAGUCCCUUCAGAAUAUUUAAUUAACCACAUUUUUCAUGAGUCGUGAAUGUUUAUUGACGUUUUAAUAACGCACAAGUUGAAUUUCUUAACGUCUCAGUUAAACUGAAAUAAUCAAAAUCUAGAGCAGCUUUUAUGAUUUAUAUUCUCUUUUCGUGACUAAUUUACCAAAGUCAGAGGCAGUUUGAUGUAUCUGAUGCUCUAAUCAGCUCAGUUUUAUACUAAUGUAAACUUUUGCUUUAUUUCAACUUUAUUUGUGUAAUUUAAUGCAAAGUAACGUUUGCUCUUGUGUAAUCAAUUGUGACUCUAAUUAAAGCCUUAAUGUGCUAUCUCA